AUGUCUUCUUGUUUGAGUGGAACCGGAGCAAGAACCUACGGGUUAGACUUAGAUUUAAUUAAAUCACCACCAUGUUCAUGGAGUAGAACAUCACAAACAUCUUCUUCACCGUCUUCAACAAUCUCCGAAUCAAGCAAUUCGCCACUCGCAAUCUACACCACAAAACCUAGAACCUCGAGAAAACGACCCAACCAAACCUACAACGAAGCCGCAACGCUCCUCUCAACCGCUUACCCGAUCCUCUUCUCCAAUCCCAACCCUAAUAACAAAUUCCAUAAACCGUUAUUAUCAUCGGAAAAAACUUACGAAUCCGAUUCCUCAGAACUUCUAUUACCUUUUCGAGUAUUAAAUUCGUCUUCAUCUUUUUUACUUCACAAGCAAGUGUUUCCGUCCGAGCCUAAGCCGGUGAAACCAUGUCAGAGUCCCGGAGAGAUAAGUUCAAUGGUCAAUUUACUCGAAUUGAACGAGGAAGAUGAUUUCGAUGCGGAAUCGAUUCUCGAUGAGGAAAUUGAACAAGGCAUCGAUAGUAUCAUGGGAGGGAGAAUUCCGGAAGAUGAAUCUAACGCUGGUUCUUCAUCUUCUCAUCAUCCAUGGAUUGGUUUUGGCGGGAAAAUCGAUUUCCGUGUCGGUGCUAAAACGCCGCCGCCGGCGACGGAGAAGAAAAAGAAGAAGAAAGUGGUUGUGGUCAUGAAACAGAGCGAGGUGUCGAAAGAAACGGAAUUGCCGAAGGCGAAAAGUGGUUUGUUGUUGAAAUUGAAUUACGACGGUGUUCGGAAAGCGUGGUCCGGCCGGGGAACACCGUUCGCCGACGACAGCCCUAUUUCCGAUGUAUCGGGAAACGACGUAAAUGCGCGGUUGUCACAAAUUGAUUUAUUGUGGGAAAACGGAGGAGGGGUGAGAGAAGCGAGUGUGCAGCGCUAUAAAGAGAAGCGCCGCACGCGUCUCUUCUCUAAGAAAAUAAGAUAUCAAGUUAGAAAAGUCAACGCAGAUCAACGGCCAAGAAUGAAGGGACGAUUUGUUAGGAGGCUGAAUGAUAGAUAG